AUGAAGCAUGAUGAGGCCUUGAUUGCCUUGGCGUGGGCUUCAUUCGGCGCCGGAAGUCCGAGUGCGGACCUAACACCAGAGGUUGGAAUUGAGCUGGCUGCAGCUGAAAGAGCCCAGCCGGCGGCUCCUCCGCAACGAGCAAAGAUCCCCAUCUUCCUCAAUAUGGGAAAGCCUCCUGUAGCGGAGGGUGCAUCGGCAGCAUCGACACCACUUGUUGCACCACUAUUGAGCCGUGCACAUCGCAUCUGGGGCAAUGAAACCCCAGAAUCCCGCGUCAGAGUGUUGAUGGACUUGUCUUUGUGCCUCUCCUGGUAUAAUAAGACAACACCUGCCCAACCCAACAAAUCACGGACGUCCCGGAUUCAGCCAACAAAGCCAAAGCCCGUUCCUGGCUGUCCUCCCAUUCCGGACUUGGUGUUCUGUUGCGCAGCGGACGCCAAGAAGGCCACCUCCAUCGUCGGGCUCGGGCGCAGUCGCAGAGGCAGGUCGACUUGUCUUCGGAGUGUCACAAAAGGAGGCCGACGGUCGAACGUCUUGUCAUCUGCCGUGGCCUCAUCAAUAUUCUCGGACGACGUCAAAGUCCCACGAGACGGUCCAUCCCAGUCCAUCCCAGUCCGGAUUGUCCAUCUCUUGUCCAUCUCAUCACAACCUAUAGCGCUGCAACCCCACUAA